AAACAGAGCGAUCGCCGGUUGCACCGGAUGCGUCGUCCAGCCAGUGUAUUCCGUUGCAUCCCAUUAGUCACAUACCGCGCUAGUAGAAGUGGAGUUCCGAAUGCGUCCUGGUCGUGUAUCCUAGAUGCAGAUGCCUGCCUGAAUGUGGUUAAUUGUUUCGGAUGAUUGUUUCUAGGCAGGCCAAAUCAGUGGUGGUCCGUGUUAUCGCUGGAACCUGUGCCGGGCAGGUGGUGCGAAUAUUCGGCAUGGUGUCAGAUUUAGGUCUUUGAUGGUGCAAGUUAACAGCCAAGUUGGUAAAAGUGAGAAUGUUCAAUCAAACGAAGAAGAAAGCAACAAAACUAUAGAUACCGACGACAUCUGCGCUGUUAUAAACAACACCUCCGGCGGUUGUGAGUUGCUUGCGUGCUUGUUGUUUGAUGCUUUCAAUAGGAUAGGGAAAACUAGCGCGACCGUCGUCAGUUUUGAUUGACCUUCCCGGGUAAUUAUUGCGUACAUACCUACAUCUUGUGUGCGUGUUUGCACCGCUGUUGCUGCAGGUGUGUGAGUUGUAGCCGAAAUACAGCAAAAUAAAUGGCUGAUAAGAGAGUAAAGUCGUGGGAAGAAGUUCUUGCCGAGAACGGUCAAUAGCAGGGACCCUGCUCGUCGUCACACAGCAGUGCUUGAGCGAAGAAUGCAGCGAAACCAAAAAAAAAAAAACGGGAAGUCUGAAACGGAGCGAUAAAGCGCUAAGUUGAAAGACGAACAGAGCCGCAGUGGACGAAAGAACAGAUCAGAAUCAAAGAAAAGAUCAGAUCCAUUCAACACUUAUCUUAAAGAUUAUCAACUCUUCGCGUCGGCUUGUUGUCGGAUUAGCGGGAACAGCAAAGUGCUGUUUUCCAUCAAAAGAGUAUAAAAAUAGGAUUAAUAUAUCUUCAACGGUGCUGUGAUGUAACCUUUUCGAGUGAUUAUGCGAUAUUAUCAGAAUAAUUAAGGAUAUAGUUAACUCAAAAGGAUAAUCCCGAAAGGAACGGCACCAAUAAGCGUACAGCUUCUCCGUCGCGCCGUGAAAGCUGAUUCAAUCAACUGGUUGAGAAACAACAGCAAUUGUCACCAGAAGUAAACUCUGAAGAUCGUAAAAAACAAAACCGAGCGCUGGAAAGUUGUCCACCGGUUUCGAAUGCAGAGCGCAAAGAUCGUUAAACAGAAAUAAAAGCAUCGCGCCCGAAGAAGAACAGUGAGUGCAGUGUUGAACCAAACGAAGAACCGGAAAAAAAAUCAAGUGAAAAUAUUUAUAUGAUUUUAAUGAGAAUCAAGAUAAGAAAUAAUAGUUGGGAAAUAAUAAAUAAAGGCAAACAUUAGCUAUCGAAGUCUACCGUCUCCAUAGACAGUGUACCUUCCCUUCAGUGAUUCCCUCCGGGUGUGUAAGGGACUGUGCCGAGUGCGGAAUCAAAAGAAUGGUCCCACAUUUGCACCACCGUCAGUAAGAGUCAAACCAAAAGACAGUCGGCACCGUCAUCAAUCUGUGAACAGAAAUAAGAAAAAGUGGUUUGGUGAUGGUUAUUUUCGGUGCACCGCGAGAAGGGACAACAGUGCCGAGCAACGACGAGGUGCGCCACUUACGCGUUCAACCCGACAUUCCGGCUGGUCGCCUCUGCAUGGCCUCGGUCGCAGCAUAAAGGCAGGGUGUUUGCAUUGUCACCUGCCUCCGCGUGCCAGUCCGCCUGCCUCCGUCACCACCCGGUGUCGGUCCGGUCGUCAAUAGCGAAUAGCGAGACCGCGCGCAAAUUGCUGAAAUGAAAUAUAUUUCGCGAAAAUUGAAAUUUAUUUAGAUAGAUAAAAGAAGUGCUGCGGCAAAGGGAAACGAAAAAAUAGAAAAUUAUUUAUAAAUAAUAGCCGCGUGAAAAAAAAACAGCCAAUUGCGGAAAUAACCUCACUCCACGCAUACACGGUGGUGAGGGGCUUGCAUAGUUGUUGUGUUUUGAAUUAAAAAAAAACUAGAGAAGGGAAAUAGUGGCGGCAAAAUCUAUCAAUUUUAUCAGGCGUGCUCAACUCACACCCCUGGCACUUGCCUCAACGUCGAGGCCAACAAAAUCAAUAAAAAAAUACCAAGCAUUUUGCGUUCGAGUGGCCAAUUGUGAAGGCAAAUAGAAAAAAGUGCAUUCGAGUGACGGAAAAUUGUUUACCCUCCAGCCACCUACACUGAACCAGCAAAGUGGCCCAUCGUAAACGAGUUUUCUAAUCGUCAGUUGCUCGCAAGUUUUUGUGUUUGUGAUAAAAAGAUCUGCACCGCGGUGUUGCAAAAUUUAAAAAAAAAAAAUACUAGUCAACCAGUGAAGGCAAAGGGAAAGAAGAACCGAAUCCGUCAAGAAAUCGCUGGCCCCGAUUUUUCCCCGCGGGAAAAGAAUAUUUGCAGUUUUUCUUCGUGCACAUUUUUUUUUGGUUUCUCCUUCUGCCAUUUGACGAUUCUUGUUGCUGUCGAAGCAGCAGCGAGUCGAUUAAAAGCCGUCAAGCUGGCCGCCUCAAUAGCAAUGAACCCGCACUAUCAUCCGUACUCGGACCUGGGCUCGUCUCCCCAUUCGCCCAGUCCGGACAACAACAACUACCCGCUGACGCCCCACCACAACGGCCACGGCGGUGGACCCGGGGGCGGAGCCGGCAAUCCGAUGGGGGUCAGCCAGAUGGACAGCCAGGCCGGUUUCCACGGUAUGAACAACGGCAAGGGACCGGUGCACUGCGCGGGAUGUGGAGUUAAAAUCACCGAACGGUUUUUCCUCAACGCGCUCGAUCGGUUUUGGCACAACUCCUGUCUCAAAUGCUCCUGCUGUGGCGCUAUGCUGGCGGACAUCGGAUCGAGUUGUUACACCCGCAGCGGCAUGAUCCUGUGUAAAGCUGACUAUCUAAGAUUAUUCGGCUCCGGAGCCUGUUCAGCCUGCCAUCAGACGAUACCCGCCAACGAGUUCGUGAUGCGAACCACCUCGCACACGACGAUAAACAAUAACCUGAACAACGCGAACAACCAGAACGGGGCCGGCAACAACAACAACAACAACAAUGGCCAAUCGGCUCCCCAGCUGCACGUGUUCCACAUAAAGUGUUUCCAGUGCUCCAAGUGUGGCUGUCGGUUGAUGCAGGGCGAUCGGUACUACAUGCUGGGCGGAAGUUUAGUCUGCGAACAGGACUGGCACAAGCUGGUCAAGAGUUCGAACGCGGCCGCAAAUCCUCCCCUACGCAAGGGCAAAGUUGGGCGACCGCGGCGAUCAAGGGACUGAGAUGGACCCCGGCUGGGUCGUCCGCCGAAGGUAAAACGUCCACCGUUGGGAAUCGACGAGACGCCCAGCACCAGGACUGCCACGACGACGCCAGCUGCCCUGCUGGACGAUCUGGAGCUGACCGCGCAGCGGAACCUAGCUCUAGCUCGUCUGAACUCUUCGCCUCUUCCACCGAUUCAGACUAAUCACAUGAACAAUACCAAUAGCAACAAUGUCGGCGGCAACGGAGGGACCAGCAGUGUUGGCCCCGCCGCUGCCACUCACGAGCAGAGUCUGUACAGUCAUCUGUACGGCAAAGAAAUGGGCUUGAUGAGGAAGUUAAGCAAUAUCGAUGACUAUCCAAAUCACGUCGUUGCGGCCGCGGCACGCAAUUAUCAACAACUGUUGCAGCACCCAGACAGUGUCAUACCGCCAGGAGCCGGUCACCAAA